ACACUCCUGCACCCGGUGCCACUUACCUACAUAGGCACAAGUGUCGGAAGCUGCUCGUGUACUUGUGUGUAUAUGGUCACACUCAAUAGUUCCUUGUACACUGUUUUUAUAUUUAUAUUCAUUAUAUUUUUUAUGCCUCACAGAUCCACAGUAACAAUCAUUUUGUUCUCCUUUGCACUUGUGUUCUGAGGAAUGACAGUCCCCUUAGAGCCAGCAGAGGGAAUUAACACCAGAUUGCUAGCACUGUAAAAGUUACUCUAACUGCUAUGCCGUGUCACAAAUAAAGCUUAUCUCCAAAAUCUUUUUUUAAAAAUGGAGACAAAAGAGAUGAAAAUGCAGAUCGCUGUAACUACUGGUGCUUCACGAGGUUGCAUCCUCAACUCCUUGUACGCUCACAACUCCGUGGGCAGAUUCUGCUCUAUCGCAGAUGGUGUCUGCAUCGGGUCACACUACAAAUGACCACGGGUGGUUGGAGUAUGGGAAGGAGACUGAGUGCUUUGUGACAGGUGUCAUGACAACAGCCUUUCCCUGGGUAUCAACGUAAGGAAAGAGCUGGACUUCGGGGAUGCUCCUGUCUACAUCAACCGUGUCGAGGUUAAGAGUUUCAAGAUCCUGGGUCAAGCCACGUUGGAGCCGGUGGUCGAGAUAGCUCACCAACGCCUCUCCUUCCUCAGGAGACGACAGAAAGUCAGCUCGUCCCCGGCUGCACCACAGAUCAUCCCGUCUGGAUGCAUAACAGCUCGGUGCGGCAUCUGCUCUGCAGGUGACCACAAGGAACCACAGAGAAUUGUGGACACAGCUCAGUAUAACACUCAAAGUCCACCGGCAGGCUGGGCUGUAGCGUUAUUCAGCUGCACAACAGUCCUUGGGAAGAAGCAGCUUUUCAGUCUUGUCUAAGAUGUUUCUGUAUCUCCUACGAGAUGCCAGGAGCCUGAACAGACAAUAUUAAUUAUAUUAUUUUAUCACUGUUCACCAGUUAUUAGCCCUAACUACUCUUUCUACUACAACAAAUACCAGCACGCAAAGGAGGUGAAGGGACUCGGUGGGUCAGCCAGUGACCAUGGAGGGAAAUGGACAGUUUCUCCCGAUGUUUUGAGUGUGUUGCUCAGUGGCCUAAACUUUCCACUUCCCCCUGCUCCGGUUUCCUGUGUGUUUUCGCCUCAGGCCGAGUGCCUUCUGUCGCGUCCUCAGACCCCGAGCCCGGUCUAAUCUCGUUCCCCUUCCACUUCCCAGGAGAGCUGCAAACCCAAGGAUGAGUUUUGAGGAAGUGAGCGGCAAGCCGUGAGAUGGAGCGGGAGCAGAUGCAGUGCUUUCCGGCGGGAUCCGAGUCCCGUCUUUCCGCCGACGCCUGCCCUGGCCCAGACGGGGCGGAGGACACUGGAGUUUCUGAGACAGGAUUGCUCAGACCAACAUCAGAUCACACCAUCUGUGUGGAGGUCUCUGGGGUUCGUUUGGGGAAGCUGCUUCCCUUCACUGUUCCCAAUCCGGAAGCAAUUUGGAGCUCAGAAUAUGUGAAGAUGCCGUUUUCGACUUCCAAUUGGCAGACUCAGUCCGUACCUGGACAGCGUUGUGAAGGAAGAGUGGUUCAUCGCUGGGAGGUUAUAAAAGAGGCUUUGGACAGGCCUGACUUCAAAACAGCAAUGGACUUGGUGGGAGCGAUCAGGCAGUAUAACCCAAAGUAUGCCAGCGUCUGGACAUUUAUGGGACUCCAUCACUACCUGAAGCAGAUGCACCACAGUGAACGGCAGUUCCUGCUGGAGAGACUCCUCCCUCGGAUGGCACAGCUCGCUCUGAGGUUGCCAGAGUUGUGCCAGCUGCCCAUUCAGCUGCUGAGGGUGGGAAUGAAACACGCCAUCUCCAUGUCCCAGGAACAGAUUGCCUGCCUGUUGGCCAACGCCUUCUUUUGCACGUUCCCCCAUCGCAAUUCCACACGCCGCCGUUCCGAAUACUCCGACCUCCCAAGCAUCAACUUCAACAGGUUGUUUGAGAUAACCUCACAAAGAACGCUUGAGAAACUGAACACCAUCUUUUGCUACUUCAGAAUGGUUACAGAAAAUAUGCCCAAAGGUCUGGUUACAUUUCAGAGGUGUGGUCUGGAUUCGCCCAUUGAGUGGAAGAGGUCUCGGUGUACAGUGACCCAACUUCAUGCCACCAGUGAAGGCACCAUAGAGGAUAAAGGGAAAGGCAUGUUGCAGGUGGAUUUUGCCUCAGCGAUGGUAGGGGGUGGUGUCCUGGGCCAAGGACUACUCCAAGAGGAGGUCCGGUUCCUCAUUAACCCCGAACUGAUCGUGGCACGGCUCUUCACUGAGCGGCUAGGAGCCUCCGAGUGCCUGGUUAUUACAGGGGCUCAACGAUACAGCGAGUACACAGGCUACAGCGACUCGUACCGGUGGGCGAGGCCCCACCACGACACAACUCCACGGGACUCGUGGCUGCGUCGUCAGACAGAAAUAGUGGCCAUCGAUGCCUUGCACUUCAGCGACCCCAUUGACCAGUACAAGCCUCACUGUCUGAAGAGGGAGCUGACCAAGGCCUACUGUGGGUUUUCAUGUCGUGUGAUACCAGACAUGCAGCGGAAAGCUGUUGCCACGGGCAACUGGGGCUGCGGAGCUUUCAAAGGAGACGUAAAGCUGAAAGCCCUCAUUCAGACCAUGGCGGCUGCCCAGGCUGGGCGGAACAUGAUGUAUUUUACCUUUGGAGACGUUGACUCGAUGACUGCCAUACAGAAAAUGCAUCAAUUUUUGCAAAGCAGGAAUGUCACUGUGGGGCGAAUCUACAACCUUCUGGAGAAAUACUCGCAAACAGCUUUCACAGGAAGUCGACCAGACCUUUACGAUUUCAUUCAGAGCAACGUGGACUGUUUAAGGGGGCGAUACUGACUGCUGAAGGGGAGAGAUGCCAGCCAAAGACUGGGGAACAUAUCUCAGCGAGGACUUCUCCCAAACCAGCUGGACACUGAGAAAACGUUAUGUUGUGCUGAGGAGAGGUGGAGGGAAUGUGAAACGCCUGCACUGCACACAGACCUACUCUUAGAUUAAAAUGUUCGAUUAACUCUUCGCGUGGAGGAUUCUCUGGUGGUUAGAGUGUCUCCACUUAUUACGUACUCUGUGGGGAGAAAAGCCUACCAUGUUCAAAGGUGGCAGUUGUGAGGCAAAGUGAAUGUGGAAAUGGAGAACGGGCUCACAAUAAUCUGCAAUGUCACCUAAAAUGCCAAAUGAUAGAAAUAUGGAACAUAAGUCAGAUUUAAGGUUCUGGACAGGAGAUGUGGCAGCAGGUAGGGAAGGUGAGGAAAAACUCUAAUGCAUUACAAUGUGACAUAGUAUAAAUUACAAUAAGAAAUACAUAUUAAAAAUUUUAAAAAGAGAGGAAAAAGAGCCUAAGACGGUGUGUGUCUUCAGGAUCCUGUACCUCCUCCCUGAUGGUAGCAAUGAGAAGAGGGCAUGUCUUGGGUGGUGAGGGUCCUUAAUGAUGAACAAUGCCUAUUUGAGGGUGAACACAAAGUACGCUGCAGAUGCUGUGGUCAAAUCAAGACAUACAAAAAAGCUGGAUGAACUCAGCAGGUCGGGCAGCAUCCGUUGAAAGAAGCAGUCAACGUUUUGGGUCGAGACCCUUUGCUGUCACAUUUGAGGGUGUCCUGGAUGCUGUGGAGGCCAGUGCCCAUGAUGGAGCUGCCUGCGUUUGCAACCCUCUGCAGCAAUCUUCCGAUUCUGUGCAGUGGCCCCUCUGAUGGUAAUGCGACCAGUUGGAAUGCUCUCUACAGUACAUCUGUAAAAAAUUGCUGGUGUCCUUCGCGACAAGCAAAAAUCUCAAACUGCUUGUGAAUUAUAGCAGCUGAUGUGCCUUAGGUGUAGCUGCAUCAACAUGUUGGCCUGUGGAAGCAAAGGCCACUAAUGUCUCUGAAGAGACGUUGGAUAAGCACUUCCAUCAAAUAAACGAGUAAGGUGCAGGGGAAAGGGAGUGGCAGGACUGCUGGGAGCCGAGCAGGGGAACGGGAGUGGUGGGGCAGCUGGGAGCUGACAUUUAGACACAUUCCUGGUUCUAUGGAUGCAGCAAAUAGUUUCUCUUGCCCACUGUGACGUGACCAACAAAGUUUCCAUCAGCUAAUUCAGUGGGUUGAGAAACCACCAAUUCCACCGGUUGCUCAGAACCCCUGAUGCAGCCCGGAUCAGUUUUAGACGCAGCACCCUGCUCCCACCAAUUGAACUGUCUGCCUGUGUAUGAACGGGUAGGGGAGGAUGGUUGGGGUGUACUGAUGAAACCUUUAAGUGUAAAAAUUGAUGAAACAGUGACUACAUAAUAGAAUUUGAAAUACUUUUGGGCUGUUGUUUCUAGGUUGGUUGUGACCUACUGCAAAAUUAAAUGGCUUGCUUGCCUUCUGAUAACUGUAGCCCAAAGGAGAUGGUUGUGAACAUUGAUUUCUCUUACUGUAACUUCUCCCACCCUCUUUUUCCAUUCCUUUUUGCGGCUCUCCUCUUCUCCUCACUUGUGUAUUGCCUCCUCCUGGUUUCCCUCCUCCUUCCCUUUGUCCUGUGAUCCACUUGUGUCCUAUCAGAUUCUUCCUUCAGCAUGUUAUUUCUUCCACCUAUCACCAUCCAGCUUCUUACUUCAUAAGAACAUAACUAGGAGCAGGAGUCGGCCAUCUGGCCCAUUGACCCUGCUCCGCCAUUCAAACCAUGGCGAAUCUGGCCAUGGUCUCAUCUCCACCUACCUGCCUUUUCUCCAAAACCCUUAAUUCCUCUACUGUGCAAAAAAUCUAUCCAACCUUGUCUUCAAUAUAUUUACUGAGGUAGCUUCCAAAGAAUUCCACAGAUUCACCACCCUCUGGGAAAAGUGGUUCCUCCUCAUCUCUGUCCUAAAUCUACUCCUCUGAAUUUUGAGGCUAUGUCCCCUAGUUCUAGUCUCACCUAGUAGUGGAAACAACUUUCCUGCCUCUAGCUUAUCUAUCCCUUUCAUUGUUUUAUAUGUUUCUAUAAGAUCUCCUCUGAUUCUUCUCAAUUCCAGCGAGUAUAGUCCCAGGCGACUCAAUCUCUCCUCAUAGUCUAACCCCCUCAUCCCUGGAAUCAACCUGGUGAACCUCCUCUGCACAGUCUCCACAGCCAGUAUACCCUUUCUCAAGCAAGACCGGAACUGCACACAAUACUCCAGGUGUGACCUUACCAAAACCCCGUACAGUUGCAGCAUAAACUCUCUGUUAUUCAAUCCCUCCAGCAAUAAAAGCCAACAUUCUUUUUGCCUUGACAUCCUACUGCACCCACAAACCAACCUUUUGAUUCAUGCUCAAGCACUCCUAAGUCCCCAUACACAGCAACAUGCUGCCAUUUUUUACCGUUUAAAUAAUCUGCUCUUUCAUUUUUCCUUCCAGAGUGGAUGACCUCACAUUUACCAACACUGUACUCCAUCUGCCAGACCCAUGCCCACUCACUUAAUCUAACUAUAUCUCUCUGCAGACUCCCCGUAUCUUCUGCACAAUUUGCUUUUCCACACAAUUUAGUCUCUUCAGCAAAACUCAGUCCCCUCUGCCAGAUUGCUAAUGUAUAUAGUGAACAGCUCUGGGCCCAGCACCAAGCCCUGAGACACACCGCUCACCACUGAUUGCCAAUCAGAGUCAUGUAUCCCAACUCUAUACAUCCUUAUCUUACGGACAAGUCUUUUAUGUGGCACCUUAUCAAAUGCUUUCUGGAAAUCCAAGUAAAUAACAUCCAUCUGUUCCCCUCUGUCCACUGUGCUAGUUAUAUCCUCAAAGAACUCCAUCCAGUAAAUUUGUGAAACAGGACCUGCCUUUCCUGAAUGCAUGCUGUGUCUAAUGGAUCCAUGUCUUUCCAGGUGCCUCACUGUUUCUUAUUUAAUGAGUGUCAAGCAUUUUCCCAACUACAGAUGUUAAACUAACUGGCCUAUAGGUACUUGCCUUUUGCCUACAACCUUUUUUGAACAGUGGUGUGACAUUCACCAUCUUCCAAUCUGCCAGGACCUGCCCAGAGUCCAGAGAAUUUUGGUAAGUCAUUACUAAAGCCUCUACUAUAACUUUUGCCAUGUCUUUCAGUAACCUGGGAUGCACGAAUCUAUCUUCAGACCCACAAGUUUGCUCAUCUCCAGCUAUCUUUCCACACACCUAUCACCUGCCAACUUGUAAUCUUUCCCCUCUUCUUCCCCCUUCAUUUCCAGUCCUGGAAAGGUCUCAGAUUGAAAUGUCAGAUGUCCCAGAAAUGACUGAUUUUCUCUAGUACUGUUUUUGGAAAAGGUGGUUUUACUUGGUUAACAAAGCUAAUUUUUUGAAUGGCAGAACUAAUUCUUGCUGUAAUGACAAGUGUUGCUUUAUCCAAUCUCUCUCCUCACACUAACUUCCAACUGAUUCCAAACAUUUUUUCAUAUGCUGCUUCCCAUCAUUUCCUGUCCUUUUCCUUCAAGUAGUGAUUUUAAAUCUGGAUCAUCUUUGAAGUUCUUCAAAGCCUUGGUCCUCUGCGCUUCCUCCAGCUCCACGAAACAAUCUCCUCUAUGCUUCCUGGCUGUGAGUGGGAAGGUGGUGGGAGAGAGGAGAGGGGCUUGUUUUGCUGUUGUGUUGCCUCUGCUGAACACUAUGGGCAGGUUGUGUUGGCGCCAGAAAGUGUAGCGACACUUGUGGGCUGCCUUCAGCACAUCCUGAAGUUUGGUUGGUUGUUAAUGCAAACAACACAUUUCAGCAUGUUUUGAUGCACAUGAUAAAUAAAAGAAGCUGAUUUUGACUUUCAAACGUUCCUACUCCCUUUUCCUCACCCCCAAGGCAUACUUCUGGAAAAGACAUCACACAACUGUGGUGGGUAGGGAAAAGGGAUUAAGUAAGAAGCUGGGAAAUGGUUGGUGGAAGAAGGAAUUGAUACGGGAGGACUGUGGACAACAGUAGAAAGGGAAAGAGGAGGUACUUUUAAAAACAAAACAACAAAGUAUAACGUGAGGAGAACGUCAUUUAUUGAUGAAGCUAUAUCUGAUUGAAAACUUUAUUUGUACCAAAAUAAAUAAAUCAGUUUUUGUACUAAGCAGUUUCAAUAAGUGGUAACUGAGAUAAAACUUCCCCUCCGGCCCCAGCUCCUGUAAUGAAAUCUCUUGCUUUUGGCACAGGCUAAAGUGCACUGCCUUUUCUAAACAGCAACUGUCAAAGUCUUGGGUAAAAUUUGUGCAGCAGCGGAGAGAGUCGCUAAAAU